CCUGGUGUCCUCUCAGGUGACUCAGGGAUGGCUCUGUGACCUGGGGAGAGGCCUGUUCCUCAGUGUAGGGGCAGAGCUGAGGAGACACAGUGGUGCGGGCAGCAGAAGGUGUGGGCCUCCCACCCUCCCACAGAACCAGAGCCUCCCCUUCCAGCUCUGAAUAGCUGUUCCAGGUUGGUGGGACAAGGCUCUCAGGGAACCCUCCUCGGCCUCAGCCCUGCAGGAACAUCUGGCUGUCCUGGUGAGUCCAUCACAGGCCAUGGACGCCAAGGCCCUAACGCUCCUCUGCUUUUGCCCCCUGCUCCUGGCAGGGCUGGCCUCCUCAGACCCCACAUUCACCUGCGCAGCCGGCAUGGAGGUAUACCUGCGCCAGGACUGCCACCCUGAGCCCGGGGCAUCAGAGAGCAGCUGCAAGGCCAAGGACUGCUGCUGGGCAGCUUCCAAGAUCCCAGGCGUGCCAUGGUGCUUCCAGAAGGUGGACCCCUGCUCUGUGGUGUCUGCUACCCAGCGCAUUGACUGCCACCCCGAGCAGGGCGCCAACCAGAUGGCCUGUGAGGGUCGAGGCUGCCACUGGUGCGAGGCACAUGAGGGCAUUGCCCCGCUCUGCUUCUACAGCUCCCAAGAGGAGGCCGCCUGCUCUGCCCGAUUCCCGCUGCACAGUCGAGUGGACUGCCACCCGCAGCCUGGUGCCACACAGGACAGCUGUGAGGCCAAGGGCUGCUUCUGGUGCCCCUCCACCGUGGCAAACGUACCCUGGUGCUUCUACCCCAGCGACGGACCCUAUGGCUACAUGCCCAUGGAGUCGCCCCAGCGCUCGGCGCGCGGCUGGAGGCUAAUGCUGCAGAAACGAGACACCAUCUCCCUGUUUGGCAACGACAUCUCCCCCCUGGUGGUGGAUGUCAUCUUACACACCAAAGAGCGGCUCCAGUUCAAGAUCUACGACCCACACAACAUGCGCUUUGAAGUCCCCCUGGACAUCGACCCUUCCCUGAACUCCACCUUCGACUAUGACUACGACGUGGAGUUUGUGAAUGACACCAGCCUGAAGUUCAGGGUGCUGAGGAGGAGGACGAGGACUGUGCUGUGGGAGGUCAACUUCGGAAGCCUGAUCUUCUCCAACCAGUUCCUGCAGCUGACCACGUCCCUGCCCUCCUCCUCCAUCUACGGCUUCGGAGAGCAGGAGCACUCCUCCUUCAAGCAUGACAUGAAGUUCGUCAAGCUCGGCAUGUUUUCCAGAGAUCAGUCUCCUGUGCCUCUGAGCAACCUGUAUGGAGUUCAUCCCUUCUACAUGUGCGUGGAGAAUGACUUCAACACACACGGAGUGCUCUUCCUCAACUCAGACGCCCAAGAUGUCAUCCUGAGCCCGCACCCAUCCCUGACCUUCCGCACCAUUGGGGGUGUGCUAGACUUCUACAUUUUCCUGGGCCCCACUCCAGAGGAAGUGGUACAGCAAUACACAGAGGCAAUUGGACGCCCCCACCUGCCCCCCUACUGGUCCCUGGGCUUCCAGCUCUGCCGCUGGGGCUACAACAACUUGGAGGAACUGAGGAAGACAGUGGACCGUGUGAGACAGUUUGACAUCCCUCAGGAUGUGCAGUAUGGUGACAUUGACAGUAUGGAGCGCCAGAUGGACUUCACCUACGAUAAGGCCAACUUCUUGGGCCUGCCCGAGUACAUCAAGGAGCUGAAGAGCCUGGGGCUGCACUAUGUCAUCACGCUGAAUCCCUUUUUGUCAAAAGAUGAGCCGCCAGAUACUUACAAGCCCUAUGAGAUCGGGCAGGACUUGGGCAUUUGGGUGAAUGACUCUGAUGGAAUCACGCCGGCUGUUGGCAAGACCUGGGCCCCUGGAGACUGUGUGUAUGCUGACUACACCAACCCCAGAGCAACAGAGUGGUGGGUACAGAUGUGCAUGGACUUCAGGGAUGUCCUCAACUAUGAUGGGAUCUGCCUGAACAUGAACGAGCCCUCCAACUUUCACACAGGCCAGCAGCCAGGCUGUGAGGAAAACAACCUGAACUACCCGCCCUUCGUGCCCGACAUCCUGGGUGGAUUUCUGGCUGAGAAGACUCUGUGCCCCGAUUCCAAGAUGUACCUGGGAAAUCACUAUGAUGUCCACUCUCUGUACGGCUGGUUCCAGGAGAAAGCCACUUUCUAUGCCUGUCAGAAUGCCACCCGGAGGAGAGCCUUUGUCCUGAGCCGGUCCACGUUUGUGGGGAGUGGCAAGUAUGCUGGCCACUGGCUGGGGGACAACUUCUCCCGCUGGAGGGACAUGCACAUGUCCGUCAUCGGGAUGUUGGAGUUCAACCUCUUUGGGAUUCCAUAUGUCGGAGCUGACAUCUGUGGAUUUAAGGAGGAGACGUCAUAUGAGCUCUGCCUGCGGUGGAUGCAGCUGGGGGCGUUCUACCCCCUUUCCAGAAACCAGAAUGCGAUCGGAAACAAGGAACAAGACCCUGGGGUGUUUGGAGAAGAGUUCGCAUCCAUCGUUCGCUCUGCACUGAGGAACAGAUACUUCCUGCUGCCCUACCUGUACACACUCUUCUACCACGCCCACACCUCCGGCAGCACCGUGGUCCGCUCCCUGAUGCAUGAAUUUACAUCUGACCCAGUGACUCAUGACAUUGACAGAAUAUUCCUCUGGGGACCUGCCCUCAUGAUCACCCCUGUUCUGGAUGAGGGAGCAAGAUCUGUGCCCGUGUAUUUUCCUGAGGCGUCUUGGUUCGACUUUUAUACAGGGAACCCGGUGCCCCUGUCCUGGAAGAGGAAGUUUGUGGACGUACCAGCACCCCUGGACAUCAUCCCUCUGUUUGUGCGAGGGGGACACAUCCUGCCCACUCAGAGCCCAGACAGGACUACAGCACUCAGUCGCCUGAAUCCCUUUGGCCUCAUCGUUGCUCUGAACGAAGUGGGAGAAGCGUUCGGCUCCCUGUUCUGGGAUGACGGGGACUCCAUGGAGUCGGUCACAAGGGAGGAGUACUUGCUUGUGGAGUACAGAUUCAGUAACAAAAUCUUGAAGAUGACGGUGAUCAACACCGGCUACCACGGCAUCAGCACGCUGACCUACGGCACUGUCCAGAUCGUGGGCUUCCCCACUCGGCCCAGUGUCAUCUCCAUCAACGGCAACAUCCUCCCAGAGAACAGGGUCCAGUAUGAUUCCAACGGGAAAAUCACUGUCUGGAUCUCUGCUCCCCUUUCCCAGGAGUUAACCAUUGCAUUUGAUUUGGAGGAAAACUAUAAAAGUAGCAAGCAAAGCUACUUACAGUCAUUAUUUACAACAGCUAGGAAUUACUCCAACCUGGAAAUUCAAGUUUAGUUUCAAUAGUGAUGUGAUUAAAUGUUUGUAUCCUGUG